CUCUGGUGCAGAGUUUGUCUGAGGAAGAGAUUUUUCAAUUGGAAGAGAGGAAGUCACUACAGACUGCUGAGAAACAGGGUUUCCGAAAUGAGAGUUCAAACAUCAGCCUAAAGCCAGAAGUCCUCCCUCAGUGAAAUGCUGCUGCUGCUUGUAUUAGCAGUUCUCUACCCAGGUGGGGACAAUCAGGGAGCCUCCCAGGGGCCGACCUCAUUCCACCUCAUCCAAAUCUCAUCCUUUGUCAACAGCACCUGGAUACAAUAUCACGGCUCAGGCUGGUUGGAUGGCCUGCAGAUUCAUGGUUGGAAUAGUGUCGCAGACACUGCCAUAUUCCUGAAGCCCUGGUCGAAGGGGAAUUUCAGUGAUGUGGAGAUAUCUGAUUUGGUGGAGCUAUUUCGGGUCUAUACCUUUGCAUUCAUUCGAGAAAUGCGGGCCCACGUCCAUGAGUUCCAGUUGGAAUACCCCUUUGAGAUCCAGGGCAUAGCAGGCUGUGAGCUGCACUCCGGGGGAGCCAUCCUGAGCUUCUUAAGGGGGGCUUUAGGAGGCCUGGAUUUUGUGAGCUUCAGGAAUUCUUCCUGUGUGCCUGCUCCAGAAGGGGGCAGCAGGGCACAGCUCGUAUGCGCCCUGCUCAGACCUUACGGAGACAUCUUCCACAUUGUGAAGAAGCUGCUGUAUGAGACCUGCCCCCGGUUUCUCCUGGGUGUCCUCGAGGCGGGGAAGGCAGAUCUGCAGAGGCAAGUGAAGCCUGAGGCCUGGCUGUCCAGUGGCCCCAGCCCUGGGCCUGGCCAUCUGCUGCUGGUGUGCCAUGUGUCUGGCUUCUACCCAAAGCCCGUGUGGGUGAUGUGGAUGCGAGGGGAACAGGAGCAGCAGGGCACUCAGAGAGGUGACAUCCUGCCCAAUGCUGAUGGCACAUGGUAUCUCCGAGCAACCCUGGAUGUGGCAGCUGGGGAGGCAGCUGGCCUGGCCUGCAGGGUGAAGCACAGCAGCCUAGGAGGACAGGACCUCAUCCUCUACUGGGGUGGAGGCUCCGUCUCCAUUGCUGUGAUCAUUUUGAUGGUGAUGGUGCUCUGUCUGGUCAUUUCACUGGGCCUUGCCUUGUGGUUUUGGCGGCAUCGGUCUUAUCAGGAAAUCUGUCAACCCUCAUCAUGUCUUCUCUCCCACUUAGAAUAAGUACAAGAAGUCCAGAAGCUUCGGAUGUUAGCCCAGCUGACAAUCUCGUGACAUUGCAUCCAGUGAUCAUGGAUUUUGAUCAAAUAAUAGUCCUCAUAGUUUCAAACAAUAACCAUAAUUAAAAAUAAUCAAAAACUGUUGAUUGUAAGAUGGUAUCAAUCGUAGAUUUCAUCACUUAGGUAUCUAUUUACACUUCUUAUGAUUAUGUAAGUUUGGUACAUUGUGUUUUCCAAGUGUUUUGUUGUACGAGUUAUUCAAUGUGCCUAAUUUAUUGCUAACAGCUUCUUCAUCUCUUUUUAUUAUUACUGUAUUAAUAAUUAUUUUCCCUUCCCUCUGGUAUUGAAAAUUUGUUCUCAUUCUCUAUGUUUUUAUUUUUUUGUGUGUAUGGUUCUGGGGAUUGAAUUACUCAGGGCCUUGUGCAUGCUGGGCAAACACCCACCACUGAGUCACACUCCCAGUGAACUUUAACUCUUGUUCUUUUUUUUUUUUUUUCCUCUUAUCCUGACAAGGGUGUAUCGACUCAUAAAGUUUUCAAAAGAACUAACUUUUGGUUUUGAUGGUUGUUUCUAUGAUCUUAUCAUUUUCUUUGUUGUUUUCUUCCUCCUACUUUCCUUGAGUUUAAAUUGCUUUUGUAUUUUUUUUCCUAAUUUUUUGAUGCAGUUGCUUAAGUAACUUAUUUUCAGCCAUUAGUUUCCCAUAUGUGCUUUAAUGCUAAAAAUUUCCUUGAAGCAGGGCACUAGUGCAAAUCAGAAAGUCUGACGUGCUGGGUUGCCUUUGUCAGCUUGAUGUUUCCUAUAACAUCUGCUUUUUGACACAUCAGGUAUUCAGAAUUCGUAUUUCAGAAUUUCUAGACAUGGGGGAAUUUUCUGGUUGCAUUUUUAAUCACUGAUUUUUAACUUAAUUGUGCCAGGGAAACAUUUUGUACACUUUUAGCUACCUGAAGUGUAUGUUGCUUCACGAACAUAUAUUGACAAUGAAUGUCCCGUGUUUACUUAAAAAGAAUGUAUACUUUUCGGUUUUAAGAGUUUUGAAUUCUAAAUGUUUCAUUAAGUCAUGUUUAUUAAAAAUGUUUAAAUCUUA